CAAUUCGAGUCUAUUAUAUAAUACAUGCUCUGGACUGUUGUAAAGAUUUGUUAAUUUGUUUGAAUUUGCAUAUUUCACCGAAAUGAAUUUUUAACUUCGCUUCCUGUCUAAAAAGAAAAUAUAAACAUGGCUACCACGGCUGUACUAAGAUUGUCUGGAAAUUUUUCUCAAUCUUGGAAUAGUAUCCUCUGUCGUCACUUGAGCUGUGGAGCUUCUAGAAAUGUUUUUAAUCCAGAAAAUAAAGAGGAACUAUCCCACAGCACCUCAUUAACAACAGUUCGAUCGAAAAGCACAGAAGUUGCUCCAGCUGCACCUAAAAAACCUUAUUCUCCAUUUCAAGUUCCAUUUAAAGGAAACAAAGCAGAAUAUGCAUUGGCAAGACUUGAUGAUUUAAUUAACUGGGGUAGAAAGAACUCCAUAUGGCCUCUCACAUUUGGUCUUGCCUGUUGUGCUGUGGAGAUGAUGCACUUUGCAGCUCCCAGAUAUGACAUGGACAGUUAUGGCGUUGUGUUUCGUGCUAGCCCAAGACAGGCAAACUGCAUCAUAGUAGCAGGGACUUUAACCAAUAAAAUGGCUCCUGCUCUGAGAAAGAUCUAUGAUCAGAUGCCAUCACCUGGUUGGGUGAUAUCUAUGGGUAGCUGUGCUAAUGGAGGAGGCUAUUAUCAUUACUCAUAUGCAGUAGUCAGAGGCUGUGAUAGAGUUAUACCAGUAGAUAUCUAUGUCCCAGGAUGUCCUCCAACUGCAGAGGCUCUGUUAUAUGGGGUGCUCCAGUUACGUAAGAAAGUCAAAAGAAUGAACACAUUGCAGGCUUGGUACAGAAAAUAAUAAUUUUUUUUUUUAUAGCAGUUUUCAAAUGGAUUAAAGACUUUUUUUUUUACUCCUCAAUGAAUAAGUGAAAGAUCUUUAAGUUUGGGGAACACUAAAGAAGUAAUUUGAAGAUGAGUCCAAACUUUACAAAGUGCUACUGUUGGACUCCACAACUAACUUUGAAAAACUAUGUAAAUAUUGUGAAUGUUACUGAUACGAUUAUUGAUAUAUUGUGUAGAAGUAAUUAUUUCUAAAAUGUUUGUAUUAGCAAAUGAUACACGUUGGAUCAGUGAAAUAUUGAAAUGUUUUAAUUUAAAUAAAAUGUAAAGAAAUAAAUUGAGAUAUUUUAA